AUGAGAGAGGAUAUUGAGCUUGCUAAAGAGAUUUGCCAAGAGAGAGAAAAUAACGUGCAAAUAUGGUCUGAUUCACAGCCUUUACCAUUCUUGACUUAUUUUGGGCCUUUGAUUCAAGCCACUGCCUAUCAUCAUUCAUGGGAUAAUGAUGUUUUUGAUAUCAAUGGUCCUAUAGACUAUCCCAAUGAUCACAAUAUUGGACAGAUGAAUGGAUCUCCACCACCCAAAUCUGGAGCAGCCUCACCUCAACCCCAGUUUGAGGAGGAUGACAUCUGGGUGCUGUUACAGGGACUUUAUGUAUCCACCUCAGCACCACUUACUCUUUUUCUCCUAUCGUUCAUAAUCACUAUCCGUCACCAAAGCAACUUUCAUCAAACCGUUCUCUUGGCUUAUCUUUGGUGGCUUAUUGCUAUCUCCCUGCUUAUAUGGUUCAUCUGUUAUCUCUGA